GUUUUAAAUAGAUAUAUUUAAAAACAUCAAUCCGGCUUUUUUACUUUUCAACGAAUAUAUUGUUGUUUUCUUAGUAAAUGUCGGUGAUUUUCGAGGAAAAUAAUUGCAAACUAAUCACACAUAAUCGACAAAGAAAUAAAUAUAAAAGUAACAGUAAAAAUGAGGAGUAUGCUGUCUAUCAACUUUGUGAAACUUUAUUCAACAAUUUUAAACGAAAGCAAAAAGCGACAUCAGAUACAGUUGAAAGCAAUGAUACUGAAACCAUCAUUAAAGACUUUUUAAACUCUUGCAAAAAGAUGAAAUUAUUUUUAACGAGUAGUAUUGAUGAAGAGGAAAAACUGAAAGAUGAGAAUAUAAAACUCGUAAACAAGUUUUAUGACGACGAAUCUUCUACCGAUGUCGGAUAUUUCCACGGAGAAAAUAAUCUGCAGUACGGAAAACUUCUGACAAUUAAGGAAAAUAUUUAUCUCAUUCCUUCAUGUUGUAAGUUUUUCAAUAAGAAAAUUGAAGAUAUGGAGACGUUUCUUCCAUCAGAUGAAGCUAAUAAAUUUGACUUCAUUGUUAUUGAUCCGCCUUGGAAGAAUCGUUACAUUAAGCGUGUCAAGAAGAAAACUGGUAGUAAGCAAGGAUAUUUUACAAUGUCUGACGAUGAAAUAAUGGAAAUUCCAUUAGAAAAUUACAUUAAGAAUUCUUCUAUUGUAAUUGUUUGGUGCACCAACUCACCGAGUCACAUUACAGCAUUACAAGAAAGAAUUCUCAAUAAAUGGAAUCUAAAGCUUUUAUCGAGAUGGCAAUGGGUGAAAAUUGAUAGAAAUGGUGAACUGUUUAAUAAUAUUGAAGGAAAUAAAAAACCUUUUGAACAAAUUUUCGUAACUUGCCAUGUAAAUAGUCAAAAUAAUUAUCAAGAAAUAAAAGAUGAAAAAUUUAUAUUCAGCCAUCCGAGUUCAAUUCAUUCUCAUAAACCCCCACUAAUAGAUCUUUUCCGCGAAUUUCUUCCAAAUGAACCGAAAUGUUUGGAAAUUUUCGCACGAAGUCUUUACAAUAAUUUUACUUCCGUCGGUUUGGAAGUGCUAAAACUUCAAAAUAUUCUUCUCUAUGAGAAAAUCUCUUAAACUAUCAACUCACCUUUCCAAAGUUCGCAAAAGUAUGUUGAAGAGGAGCAGCAGCGAAAGCAAAUCGAC